AUGCAAUCUCCCUUUGAACAACAAUCAUUUUUUCUAACAAAUAUUCCACCAUUAGAUUUGAACGUGUCAGAUACUAAUGCAAUGUCAAAAUCAAAAAAUAUGGCGCCUCAGAAUGGUCACUCUUCCCCUUCUAUUAACACAAUUAUAACAGGAUCUACUUCACAACUCUUAUCACCUCCACCUGUUGAUUUUUUAUCUUCCACACCACCGAGCAUAACUCGUGUUUUAACAUACUCUUCACCAUUCAUACACUUGUUUUCGUAUCUUUUAUCGCUUAUGACCUGGUCUACUGGAAAUCCUUCUGAAUCUUGUUUAUUAGUAGCUGCUUGGUGGACGGUUUGUCAAUAUCCAACAGAAAUUAUAAUAUAUGGAACACAUUUAUUUAUAUUAACAUGGAUAGGUUUGAAGUGGGUUGAAAAGGUUAAAAGUGAAAGACUUGGUAAACCAAGUUCAGCUUCAAAAUCCACCUCACAACUUGAUUUGAAUAAAACAGUUUUAGAGAUACACAAGAUCUCCGAUAAACUUUCAUCAUUUCACGCUUUUAUCAAUUCAAUUCGUUCACAUAUUGAUUGGACGGAUUCUACAAAAACUCAAAAGGUUGUGAGAGGAUUAAUCUAUUCAUAUCCAGUUUGGAUAAUCUUUGCAUACUCCGUUUCAUUAACAUGGGUAUUCAUCAUUAUUGGAACAUUUGGAUUGGUAUGGCAUAGUCCAUGGUUUAAAUUUAUUCGAUACGUUCUUAUGCAAUCUGAUUUAUUCCGUGGUAUUAUUAGUUUAUUAUUUGGUUACGUCUGGGGAGGGAAUAUAUUAAAACAGGGGGAAAGAGGAUUCUCCGUCGGAGCUUUGAUUCGUAAAGCAAAGGAACAACAAUCGAAACUUGUGGGUAAAAAAGUUGAAGAAAAUAGAACUUCCACAGAUUUGAUAUUUAGAUUUGUUUUAUAUGAGAAUCAACGUUGGUGGUUAGGUUUAGAUUGGACCACAAAUUUAUUCCUUAAUGAAAGACCUGCUUGGUCAGAUGAAUAUAAUGAACCAACAAGCCCUAACAAUUCAUUUCAAUUACCACCUCCAUCGACAGAAAUACUUGAAGAACCAAACAGCGGUUUUAGAAGAUAUACUCGAAGAAGAAAAUGGGUUAGGGCAGCUAGGUUGGUUGAAACGAUUGAAAAAAUUGAUAAAAAUAACGAUGAUCAAGUUACAAAUGGAAUCAACGAUGAUGAUAAUGACAAAGUUAUAGGAACAUCAAAGGAUUUUGAAAUUCCAAAUGAAAGUUCAAGCAACAGCAAAUCUUUACCUUAUAUUCAAAGAAAACCAAAUGGUAAAUUUGACGUUGAUGCUAUUUCAAAAACGAAUGGAAAUUCGAAUAAUUAUAUUUAA